AUGCGCCGGACGCAAUGCGCGCAAGUGGGAGCUUCUGCUUUUCUCCCCUUCUGCGUGCUGCUGAUCGAUGCCGCAAUCCGCUAUUGGUCGAUCGAUUACACCAAACUCGAGACUUUCUCCAAGUCAGCGCCUCGUCAGCAGUGGAAGUCGCCCGUCCUCACUUACGGUUUGCUGUCUCUGACUUGGAGCGUCGCGGCAAUGCUUGCCGUUGACAGUGCCCGGGUGAAAACGGGCACAAUCUGCCUCGUCGGGACGCAUAUGGAGGCACAUACUCCAUUCCUCCAGGUCGUCUUGUGUGUUAUGGAUGGUAUCAUUAUUGCUGAGUUGUCGAGCCUGCGCCGGGGCCCUGGUGAGGAACCAGUCGACAUUUCCAAGUUCUUCUCCAUGUUCUGCCUCGUCGCAAGCGGAUUCAUGGCCAUUAUUGCCCUCUUUUUCAUGAUUUUCUCGACCCAGCAGCUUCACUUGAGUUCUGUUGCGCGUCGGGAUCUAUUUUUGGAUACAUUGAUGGCCUCGGUUGCGAUCGCCUGCGCCAAGACUCUCCUCACCUGGCUUCAUCCAACAACGGUUGCGAUGUUGACUACAGGUCUGACCUUGUUUGGAUAUCGGUUCAGGGCGCUGGACAGCUCGUUGAUCCUACCACCAUUGUCACAAGCAUACGUCUUUCAGACGGCUGCCAUGACGACAGGUCUUGCCGGCGCCUGGUUCGCCAUGGUCUUCUACUCUAAAUCAGCUCCUCGUUCCCCUACGACCGUGCUCUUGCAUCGCUGCCUGGUCCUCGGGUAUAUGGCAGCAGUUGCCCUAUUCAUUACCUUCUCCAUCUUCUUUUCUACUAACAAGAUACAUGUCUCUCUCCCUGCUUCUGUAAGAAGACUUACCCACGCAGCGCAAUCCUCAGCAGAGAUUUGGCAAUCCCAGGCGAAAAUGAGUAAAACACUCGACGAGGCCGUCACGCAGUACCAGAAUCGGCACUUCCUACCUCCGCCUCCCAACUUCGAUAAAUGGUACGAGUUUGCUACGAACCGCAGCUCACAGGUGAUCGAUUCUUUCGGCCAGAUAUUCGACGAUCUGAUCCCAUACUGGGGCCUCGAACCAGCUGAGAUUCGCGCUCGCACCGCUCACCUCUCCGAGUUCCCAGAAAUGGGCAUGGCUGCACUGCAGAUCAGGAAUGGCACGCUGAGGCAGUCGCCGCAUAUCCCAGGAACCCACCACUGGAUGACGGAUUCGAUCGAGAAGAUGAUGGAGCCAUUUAUCCAGUACUUGCCCGACAUGGACUUUGUGAUUAACCUCGCAGAUGAAUGCCGCGUCCUGCCCCGGUACGAGGAUUUCUGGGAUCUAAGGUCAAAGGGAAGAGCCGCACAGAACAAGGUCGCACAGCGAUGGAAGGGCUUGCAGGAGAACAGAAAUGUAGAGGGAGGAGGGCCCUUCAGAACAUGGACGAACAACACGGAGUGGCCGCAGGACUUCGCGGAACCUCGAAAGAACCCAGACGGCUCCUUCGCCGCGUCGUCGCACUUCGUCGAGACCAUACGUAAACAGCUUUACUACAAGUGGAUCGCCGACGCGUGCCCGCCCGAGUCGGUCGCGCGCCAGAGCAGGUGGUGGGAUUGGAGCACCCUCUGCAUGGACUGCAUCGAGCCGCACUCCGAACUGACCACCGGCGGGGCAGUGAUGGCACACAACCCCCCACCGGGGGGCAUUUGCUACCAGCCCGAUCUGGCGUACCUAAGCGGCUUUAUCAGGUCGCAGACACAGGCGACUACGAAGACGCUGCUCCCCGUUUUCAGCCAGGCUCGUGUGGACGGAUUCGCGGAUAUCUUGUUUCCCUCGCCGUGGAAUUUCGUCGACAAGACGGAGUACAGAGAGGAUACGGAUAUCGAGUGGGGGCGUAAGGGAAAUAGCCUGUUCUGGCGCGGCUCGAGCUCGGACGGGAUAGCGAGGGACGGGGGAUGGAAGGGAUUUCUACGCGCCCGGGCGGUCCACGAGAGCUACCAGGAGGCCGGCAAGGGCAGCCGCGACGCCAUCACCCCUCGCGUGAACGUGUCGUUUGCCGGGGAGAUCCACAAGUGCGACUCGCCCGACUGCGGGCACGAGUCCGAGAUGUUCAACCUGUGGAGCGGCGCCGUGAAGCCCGAGGGCGAGACAGAGGAGGGGUACGACCUGGGCAGGGCCUCGGCGCCGUUCGAGGAGCACUGGCGUCACCGGCACCUCCUCGACAUGGACGGCGCGGGCUUCAGCGGGCGGUUCAUCCCCUUCCUCGAGAGCCGCAGCCUCCCGCACCGCGCCGCCCUGUUCCUGGCCUGGUUCGACGAGCGGCUGCAGGAGUGGCAGCACUACGUCCCCGUCGACACGCGCCUCGGCCGCGGGUUCUGGGCCGUCCUCGACUUCCUCUCGAGCAGCGAGGUCGUGGUCGACGACGCGGGGUUCAGGCAGACGGGCGACGAGAUGGCGGAGAGGAUCGCCGAGCAGGGUCGGGACUGGGCUAAGAGAGCUCUGCGGAAGGAGGACAUGCAGAUUUACAUGUUCCGGUUGCUCUUGGAGUACGGCCGGGUGGUGUCCGACGAUCGGGAGGCGUUGGGAUAUACGGGGACUGGGAUCCCGGACUGGUAG